GAACCACCCAAUUCGCUUCUCAUCCAUCAUCUCUGAUAUCGACAUCCCCAUCGCCACCGUUCAUCAUAUCAGAUCUUAGUUGAAUGCCAUCGCCUAUGACUUGACAACUCCGACGACAUUUGCUAUAACAUCCCGCAGUCACCCCUCCAGCGUCGGCGACCAAAAGGAAGGAAGCUUUUCCUUCUUCCCCGUCGCGACCCGACGCGUUCAUGGAGGCAUGCAAUAUUGAGGCCACCAUCAUCAUGUCAUCCUUGCCGGGCCUUUAUGUGUAGCACUGUUAUCGACCCCUCUUCGACGGUCGCUCUGCCAUGUCGUCGCAAAUGAUUGUGCAUCCGCCGUCGAAGACUGCUUCAACCGUCUCGCAUGAGGAUGAUAUUCCCCCUCAGCCACUGGACCAAAACCAGCAUGAGCCUAGCCAUGGCACAGGCCUAGGGAUAUCCCAAACUAGCGACUCAGCUGCCAUCGAGGACUCGCCCCAAUCUCCCGAUACUAUCGGCCCAGAUCGUCAGAGAAAGGAAGCUGUUGCUUUUCACAACCUACCCAUCCAGGUGCUGGAGAGAAUACUAUGGACGGUCGAUGCCAACAGCUUUGCUUCAUUAGCUAUACUGAACAAGAAUUGGUACAGGGCAGCACAAAAUCGAGAGCUUUAUGCCCACCAUCUAUCUCGUUGUCCAUCUUAUGCCUUGUCCAAUACCGUCAUUACCGGUCCGUUUCGGAAAUUCGACCUGUAUCGGCUCAAGACGAAAUUCGCAGCAGAGGUCCGGCGAAACCUGUUCGAGGCAUAUUUGCGACCUCGCCAGACUCUCAUCAACCUGAUAUCCGUUAACGCCAGUUCCUCCGCCGCCCUGCCCGGGGCAGAAGCUUUCCGCUUCUCCUUCUCUCCAAAUGGCCAGACGAUUCUCGCGCUCAGUUCCUCCCGGAUAUACGUCAUUGACGCUGUCACAGACCCUAUCAGUGUGCGCCAUGAGCUCAAGACGAUGAGACGGCCUCUAGCGGCUUCGGUCACAGAUGAUGGCACAACAUUAGCCGUUCUGUCCUCGAAGCAUCAAGCCAACGUAUAUCACUUGACGCCAGAGGGUGUGAAGCAUGUACAGGUGCUGGUCAUGGACAACCCACCCAGGACAAUCGCGUUGGCUCCCGAAGGCACGGUUCUAGCUGCUGCGUACGAAGGUGGGGUCGAAGUCUUUUCCCUGGCACCGAAUGCCCUCUCCACUGACCGAAGAGCUGUGCGAAGCGAGGGUGUCGACAUUCUGAGCUUCUCAGGUGAUGGCUCCAUGCUGGUUGGCAGCACCCAGAGUCUGGAAGAGCCUUCGGCGGUUGUCAUCACUGCGCCAUUCUACACCGAAAAUGAUUUAUCGCCAAAAGAAGUUCACAGCCGCAUGUGGACCACACAGAUUCUCUUCCCCCAGAUUAGCAGUAUUUGCAGCCACGCAGAGUUGCUGCAAGGCCACACAGAGGGCGAUGCCAACUGGCUUUUUGCUUACGAUCACACCCUCAUGUCAUACCGGGCCGUGCGUACUGAUGAUACUCGAACCGGCGUCGCCUACUUCUUGAAUCCAGCGACGAGCAGACGAUUCAGCUUGCCGGCGCCAUCAACUGCACCAACUGCGACUGUGUGCGGGACUCUCGUCGUGGCUGGCUUCGCUGGAAGCGGUCUGUGGAUUUAUGGUGUCCCAGAAAAGCUCGACGUCAGUCCGGACAUGGGAUCGGUGGUCGAGCGGCACGAACAGCGUCUGCAAGGGAGGGUUCCGCUCACCUCUGCGACAGGCCAUCUCGAACCCUUGAUGGCUUAUUCGCCCUCCAUAUCUGGAAGCAGCGAGGAUAUCGAGGACGAUUCCCUUGCCGCAAAGGUCGACUGGCGAGAAAGCCUGUUUGUCAAAUGUGAACGAAUCAAGAGCCUUGAUGGUGCCACGGCGGCCAAGUGGGUGGAAAGGUGCGAAGAUCGACCGUGCGCGUUCACCGGUAAGAGGUUGGUAGUGGUUGCCCCGGGUGGUGUUGAUCAAUUUAUGGAAGAACUUGGAGACGAAACUAUGCCUGUUGAUGGCUCACGUCUCUCGAUACUCGAUUUCGACUAUUCGCCAUCCAAAGACGCAGACCACGAACUGACUAUUGAGGUGGGGGAAAAGGAACCGGAGUUGCUCAUCGAACGAAUGGGUGACAUGGAUAUUGAGGUGGCAAUGGAAAGGAGGCGGACUGUCAGAGAACGUGCAAGAGGAGGAAUGAGAGGCGGUCUGGGUCGCUCCGUUACUACGGCUUCUGCGACGCCGGGAUCGCGCCUGAGAAGCGUCUCUCAGGCUUCCUCGCCGUUAGAUGUUGACGCACAAAUUGCUUUUGCCAACUCCUCGCCAGUCAUAUCACAACAAGCCUCGCCGAACCUGCAGAGAUCUGCCACAGCUGCUGGUUUCUCCACGGCACGGUAUCCUCCCAGACCACCUCUGGCGCAGCAGCAAGACGCUGCCAGUACCAUCUAUCACCAGUUACCCGGUCAACGCACCGAUGGUUGGGAGUCGCCACCUCCGCCCUACACUACAGCGUCCCUUCAUCUGCAACCGGGAAUGACGUUGGGUUCCUCUUUAAUCCAGACACGUCCGCCAGUGGGGGGGAUGCCCAUGCCAAUGGUAGGGAUCCCCGAAAAUGGGCAUGCUUCGCAAGUGCACCCUGGCUUUGGACAUGGCAGUCCGAUGAAUCCACAAUUUACACCUCAGCCUCAUCACUUGACACCUCAACCAGUUCAUGUGGUGCCGGAGAAUACUGCUUCAAGACAUGCUGUCGGUCAGUAUGGUGCUUCGGCGGUCAUGAACGAUCAAUCAUUUGCUCCUACACCUGAGGUGUAUCAACGUGCGAGUCCAAUCUCGCAAAUUGCUUCAGCAAAUGCGCCCUUCGCACCUUCGGCGUCUGGAGAUUCGUCGAGGCCGGUGUCGCAUGAAGGUCGGGCAUCACCAUACCAACAGACUCCAGUCUCCCAGCGACCACACACGUCUGAUCGUCCGUCUCCUUUGAACCCCCCACAACAUGUGCCGAAUUUCUCUGACGCGGCUCUAACCCAUAAACCUUCUUCAUCAGGGUCUGUCACAUUGACCGGGGCAAAUUUGCAAGCUCGGCUCAACCACCCUGUCCCACCAACCCCGACCUCUCUAGAUCAAAUGCAUGUUCCACGAACCAAUGAACCUGCAAUUCAGCCAGUAACGCAACAAGCUACAGUUUCACCCACCAUUCAGGCCAACGGCUCUUACAGCAUUGUUCCUCCAACAGCUGACCAAAUGGCGAACCUGAACCGGCGGAUCUCUCAGACUGCGCGAAAGCCCGUUCCACCAAUCGCCACUCAUGGGUCUAUUCAUCCAAACGCUCCAGCACGAGACUUAGGUGGUAGCCCCGGCGUGCCACCCUCGCCACCCAGGGGUGCAUGGGGCGCCGCCGGAGUUCCAGGAUCGCCAUCUUUCAACAAGGCGAUCAACGUGCCGAACGGAUUGAUGAGGAAUAACUCCAAGGGGAGCGGCCGUUCCAUCCCCAUUUCUUCAUCGACGCCAAAUCUCCAUGCUGCGCCACCAGUCCAGGCUCAAAGACCGCGCAUGGGCAGACUCGACACGAUUGACAGUGUAUCUAGCUCAUACGGACCGGGUGAACCCGGUUCGAGAUCGCACAGUAUUGCACAAGGAAUGAUACCACCGAUGCCGCAACCGCAACCGCAACCGCAACCGCAACCGCAGCCAAUUCCAUAUUUGAUAUCCCAGACCCACUCGGUACCGCAACAGGUGUAUCAGCAAAUGCCAACUCAUCAAGCCCGAGUCUGGGCUGGAAAUGUCCCGAGUCCAACUGAGAGUGGUAAUAGACGGGUGUUGUCAGAUCCCGUGGCAGCAGAAUCGAGCAAGAAGAGGAAGGGGAAGAGAAAGAAAGGCGAAGAGAUGUCCAGAAGUCAAACGCCUAUGCCGACUAGUUCGGGAGUCACCAAAGAGGGAAGCGGCGGGAAGAAGGGGAGCAGAUGCGUGGUCAUGUAAAGUCAGCAGUGGUAUUGCAGGUGUCGCAAAAAGGAGAAACAAACGCACCAAAAAGUGCACGGAAAGAGUUUCGAGGGUUUCUUCGGCCGUCUCACUCAGUUUGAUGAAGGUCGUGAUUUGACUCGUGGGAUCUGGAAGUGACAUGUGAAUGAAACGGAUGGCAAAGAAGGAAAAAAGGGGAUAUAUUUGAGUGGGUUUCAAUCGCCUCAUACACGGCACAAGGCUGCAUUUUGUGUUAUAUUGGGUUUCCCAGCAUAUCUACUAUGUUCUGAUUGGGUUUGGAGGGUGAUCAAGACGGGAUGUGCAUAGCGAACAGAUCUGAUCUAGCGAGAAUUUUGGUUGGAUUUCUGGAUAUUGGCGAGCUGGACACUGGGAUUGAUCAGGGAUGAAGCUCAUUUCUUUUUUUGCGACCGGGCGAAAAAGUCUCUAUCUACUGCGCUCUAUAUGAAGGGGUUUCUUGGUGUCUCUCUGCGGAGAUGGCGACGUGUGUAGCUACACCAUACAGCAACAACAACAACGACUACUAUUACUACUACUACUAUUAUCGGCGGUUGCAGCAAGCUACAUGAAUU